UGAAGUUACAUUCUUCAAACUUUUUACAUUUUGCAAACUGUUGACAGCUUUGACAUCUUCGCCUCGGAUUGAAACCCCCACAUAGGCCUACUGAUCUGUUAUUCACAUCUUACUUACUCAUGUUUCCCCUCCAUGUCAUCGCCAGUAAAACCAGUAACAAAAGCAUCCCUGCCUUUCAAAACGUGGGUCUCAUGCAAAAGCAGAAAUCAUUUACAUUCUAUUGUACUGUUGUUUUGUACAGAACAUCAUAGGAUGUGGGAAAAUGUUGCAUCAAUUUGCACCUGUGACCUGCAGAUGCACAUCUACAUCCUGUGAUUUGCUAUAAGUCUGCCACACAUUUCUUGUAAAUCACUCUGCUCUACAGUGUGCUGUUAAUCCCUCCCUCUAUUGGACAACUGGUUGUCAACUGAAUGCUUUUUGUUGUUAAUAUAUGCACAAACUGUCUCUUCAGAAGAUUUAAAAUCCAUGCCCCUUGAAACUCAUUGGCUGAAUUGAAAUAUGACCUAGGGAAACAAUGUCAUCAUUACAUUGCUAUUCGUAUAAAAGCUGAUGGGUAGAGACAAGAUUUGAACUUGAAUCCAGAUUUCAAUAAUCUCGUAGACCAGGAUUUACAGUAUCUUCACCGUGGGAUGGCUUCCAAUAGCUGGAAAAACAAAGUUAUUUUGAAUGUGCUUUCCUAUCUUGACUACAAGACAGGAAAAUUCAUCAUUGUAGGAAGCAAGAGAGUCGGCAGUUUGUACAGAGUUAUACAAUUAUCCAUCAUUGGAUACGUUGUUGGGUAUGUAUUCCUGAGCAAGAAGUCCUACCAGACCAAAGAGGAAUCUAUCCAGAGUGCUGUGAUGACCAAACUGAAGGGAGUGGCAGUCACCAACACAUCAGAGUCCGGACGGAUGGUGUGGGGACCUGUGGACUAUGUCAUUCCACCUCAGGGGGAAGCAGUUUUUUUCAUUGUUACCAAUUUUAUAGAGACCCCAAACCAGAAGUUGGGCAACUGUGCUGAGAGCCCCAAUGUGCCAGAUGGCCACUGUAAGGGAGACGAAGACUGUGCAGAGGGAGAGUUGGUGGUAGCUGGCCAUGGAGUUAGGACAGGCCGCUGCUUGAGAGACAAUGGGAAAUCCAAUGGUACAUGUGAGAUAUAUAGCUGGUGCCCCGUUGAGAGAAGAUGCCAACCACAGGAUAGACAUAAACACAAGAAUAUGUUAAGAGAAGCUGAAAACUUCACCAUCUACAUAAAAAAUGUCAUCCGAUUUCCCAAAUUCAGUUUCUCAAAGGCCAACGUUCAGGACACGGCUGAUAAAUUCCAUCUGAAGAAAUGUCGCUACGAUGAGGCUCUUGAACCCUACUGCCCCAUAUUCCGUCUGGGAGACAUUGUUAACCAGACUGGACACAGCUUUCAGGACAUGGUUUUGAAGGGUGGUUUAAUUGGAAUUCUGAUUGGGUGGGAGUGUGACCUUGACAGAGAUCCCUCAGAGUGUCGGCCACGGUACAACUUUACUCGCAUUGACGUUAAUGUGUCCAGAGAGUCCUCAGGAUUCAACUUCAGGCAUGCUCGCUAUUUUAAAACUGAGUCUGGAGAAAGCUACCGAACACAUUUCAAAGUGUUUGGUAUACGCAUCAACAUUAUGGUGCAUGGGAAGGCUGGAAAGUUCUGUAUCAUCCCCACCAUUAUCCAUAUAGGCUCAGGACUAGCUUGUAUUGGUGGUGGGGCCUGGUUCUGUGACUGGAUUCUUCUCUACCUGAUGAAAAAUAGGGAGUUCUAUAAGGACUGGAAGUUUGAAAAUGUGAAGAACAGUACUACAGAGGAUAUAAAACAAACCCCAGAAGAGCAGCAGCUCACUGACCCAUCGCCUGAGGAUUAACACCAUGGCAGCAGCUCACUGACCCAUCGCCUGAGGUUUAACACCCAUGGCAGCAGCUCACUGACCCAUCACCUGAGGUUUAACACCAUGGCAGCCGCUCACUGACCUAUCACCUGAUGUUUAACACAAUGGCAGCAGCUCACUGACCUAUCACCUGAGGUUUAGCACCAUGACAGCCGCUCACUGACCUAUCACCUGAGGUUUAACACCAUGGCAGCAGCUCACUGACCCAUCACCUGAGGUUUAACACCAUGCCAGCAGCUCACUGACCUAUCACCUGAGGUUUAACACCAUGGCAGCAGCUCACUGACCUAUCACCUGAGGUUUAACACCAUGGCAGCAGCUCACUGACCUAUCACCUGAGGUUUAACACCAUGCCAGCAGCUCACUGACCUAUCACCUGAGGUUUAACACCAUGCCAGCAGCUCUCUGACCCAUCACCUGAGGUUUAACACCAUGGCAGCAGCUCACUGACCUAUCACCUGAGGUUUAACACCAUGCCAGCAGCUCUCUGACCUAUCACCUGAGGUUUAACACCAUGGCAGCAGCUCACUGACCUAUCACCUGAGGUUUAACACCAUGCCAGCAGCUCUCUGACCCAUCACCUGAGGUUUAACACCAUGGCAGCAGCUCACUGACCUAUCACCUGAGGUUUAACACCAUGGCAGCAGCUCUCUGACCCAUCACCUGAGGUUUAACACCAUGGCAGCAGCUCUCUGACCCAUCACCUGAGGUUUAACACCAUGGCAGCAGCUUACUGACCUAUCACUUAUGGUUUAAUCAUGGCAUCAGCUCACUUAGCCUUGCCUAGUUAAAUAAUGGUUAAAUCCAAAAACAAAAGAAGCCAAAGUAAAAGACAUGCCUUAGCGGGAUGCCACACAUUCUGGUCAUGAGGAGAAAGAGAAAAACUGUCGGGGAGGUUCUCUUCUUCACUGUUCAACUAAUCCACACUCUUUUAGGAUCCAGGUAGAAGCCUUUUUGGUUCCAGGCAGAACCCUUUUGGGUGCCAUGUAGAACAAAAAAUGGUUCUUCAAAGGGUUCUCCUAUGGGGACAGGUGAAGAACCCUUUUAGGUUCUAGAUAGCACCUUUUUUUCUAAGAGUGCAGUAAAUGUGGAGGAGGAGUUAAGAUGGAGUGUUGCCUUGUUGAUAUUCCAGAUUGAAACAAAUUUAAAGAGCAAGCAAGCACGUGCCAUAGCUAGCUACUAGACAGAUAUUAGCUAGCGUUAUCUAGAGAUAAUGGAAUCUCUGACAAAGUUGACAUCAACAAAAUUGGUAUGUGGUGUCUGUCGACUUUGUGGCAAGAGCUUAAUCUCGAGGAAAGACAAGCACUCUCUAUAGCACAGGAGGUUGGUGGCACCUUAAUUGGGGAGGACACGCUCAUUGUAAUGGCUGGAGCAGAAUCAGUGGAACAGUCUAGAAAAAUAUUUAAAAAAUAUUUGACCUUUAUUUAACUAGGCAAGUCAGUUAAGAACAAAUUCUUAUUUUCAAUGAUGGCCUAGGAACAGUGGGUUAACUGCCUUGUUCAGGGGCAGAACGACAGAUUUGUACCUUGUCAGCUCGGGAUUCAAUCUUGCAACCUCUUGCAAAGUACAUCAAACACAUGGUUUGAUGCCAUUCCAUUUGCUCUGUUCCAGCCAUUAUUAUGACUUGUCCUCCCCUCACCAGCUUCCACUGAUCUAUAGGCAUCUGCUAUAUGUUUCACCGGGACUGUAAACAGCGAGGCGCACGUCCAAAAGUGGGCCGUAUCUCCUUAAAACCGGAUGUUUCUGGGUUCCUUCGACCUCGCUGAAAGUGCCAACUCCUUAUGGAAUUAAACUUGACCUCAUACGUGACAGCAUAUAGGCUUCCUCUGUAGAACUAUUCUUGUGUUAUUUGCUGAUGGAUAGUUUGUUUUACCAUUGUUUGUUUUAUCACUGAAUAUUGUGUGAUUUAGCAUACAUAGUUUGCAAUUUUUUGUAUAAUCUACAGUUUACAUCUACAGUUAAUCUAUGUUUUACUUUUGCCCUACUUUCAAGUUUCAACUGAAGUCUUCAUGGCCAUGUAUGAUUUUAUUUAAUUUCAAAAUUGUUAAUUUGUUGUUUGAAUAUUUCAUAAUUUUUUACUAAUAAAAAUAUUUGUUUAAUUUAA